UCAGAAAGACUAUCUCAGGCAUUUCCUUUUAUCAAUGUAGGAUGCGAUUACGCUGGUCCCUUUUAUUUGAAAGAAGGUAAGGCUCGUAAGCCAACUGUAACCAAAGCUUGGAUUUGCAUAUUUGUAUGCAUGGUUACAAAAGCAGUCCAUAUUGAGUUAGUGACAGAAUUGAGUACUCAAGCAUUUUUCUUAUGUUUUAAGAGAUUUAUAAGUAGAAGAGGAAGACCAAACAUGAUUUUUUCCGAUAAUGGAACCCAGUUUGUAGGCUCGAACAAUGAACUUUUGAAUUUCUUCAAGUGUUAUGGUGAUUUGAUCACUUCGCAUUUCAGUAAUGAGCGGAUAACUUGGAAAUUUAUUCCACCAAAGGCGCCCAAUUUUGGAGGCAUUUGGGAAUCAUGCGUUAAGAGUACGAAACAUCAUCUAAAAAGAAUAAUAGACCACUUACCCCCCUUUCCUCUAGUCCUGAUGAUAUGUCUCCACUCACGCCUGCGCAUUUUCUCAUUGGGCGACCCCUCACAAGUUUGCCUGAAUCUAAUUAUGUAGAUAUUCCUGAUGGUCGAUUGAAGGUGUAUCAGCAGAGGCAAAAGAUGGUACAGUUAUUCUGGAAACGAUGGAGCAAUGAGUAUAUCAAUGGCUUGCAGACUAGGUUGAAAUGGAAGGUCAAUGGUUCCAACCUAAUCAAGAAUGAAGCAUUGGUAUUGGUGAAGGAAGACAACGUACCUCCUCUGAUGUGGAAAUUGGGAAGAAUCGUAAGUCUCCAUCCAGGUGAUGACAGCGUUGUGCGCGUUGUGUUAGUGCGCUACAGCGACGGUAGCAUUCUCAAAAGGCCUGUAACAAAAGUGUGUGUUCUUCCUAUUGACGAGAAUAUGAACUCAAUUUGCGAGAAGAAGGAAUGUUAAAAUUUAAGA